GACAUCAUCCGAGGGUAAACACACACUCUGCCGUUAGGUAGGGACAGGUGAAAGAAGGAGGAAACAAAACUCCACCUGGUCGUCUCUAUACACUGACCUCACCUGGGUUACUUCGUCAGAGGAGACUUUCUCAAACAACACACCUGCUGGGUGCUAGAAGGAAUAUACUUGUACUAUUGAACUGAACUUUGAGAAGAUAGAGGGAAGCACAGGAUCAAAUUGGCAAGAUCUACAGGACAUGAUAGGCACCCUCUACUGAGAAGGAUUCUAAGACUCGGCUUCAUCUCAGAAGUGAACCAAAGGACAUCUCAACAGGACCUGGUAAGAUGCCACUGACAACGUCUCUGUACCGUAAGCCAGCCUCGGCCCGCUGGUCCAGGAGGACACAGAAGCGCAGGGAGGUACUCUCUGUCAACAUGAUCAGCCUCCCAUUGGCCGACUUCCGCCAUGUUUCCCACAUCGGGAACAACGACCACAGCGACAGCUUCGGGGACCUGUCCUUUCUGAAGGGGGGCAACAGCCUGGUGCUGCAGAGCUCUCAGAGUGAGCAGAACCUCUUGCUGGCCUGCUACCCUCCACCCAAACCCUUACGCCUUAACCUGGACGAGGCCGAGGCCACGGAGAGCCCUGAGUGGACCAGGGCCCACAUGAACCACAGUGCCUCAGAGAGGAGGAAGAAGUGCAGCUCCUUGCCCCUGCUGGACAGCGAGGAGGGUGAGGGGAAUGGGGAGAUGGAGGCCAGGGUUAGCCCCAGCCACAGGGUCAUGGUCCGCAGCACCAGUCCUGGCCGGGGAAGCCUGAGUUCUGGCAAGGAUGGAGACUCCACUCAGACCUGCUCUGAGGACAUGCAGCAGCUGGAUGAGGUGGACAACAGCUUCUCCUUCAGCCUGGACCUGGGCCCAUCCAUCCUGGACGACGUGCUGCAGGUCAUGGACAGGCUCCACUAUUAGAGGAACAGCCAGACAGACAUGUGGCCUCAGCAAGAGACUUUACUAAUGUCAUCAUUGUGACUGGCAUUAGAACACUCCAAACUGUCAUAAGACGAUGAACGGCUGACAUAAAAUAGAGUACGGUUACAUGCACACAAUAAUAUGAUUAUUGUGAACAGUCAGAUUAAUAUAAUAGUUCAAAUAAACAUUUACAUGCUUUGCAAGAAGAACAAUUUCCCUAAUAAUCCUGCUGACAUAGACCCAUUUGAAAUCAGGCUAUUUGAUGGGCUUUUAAUAAACGCAGAAAAUCACCAAUCAAAAUAAACGUUCUACCACAGCGACCAUGUUAUAUUUGUGAAGCAUAUUAGAUUGAGUUUAUACGUGAAAACUAAUAUGAACGCUUUCAGUUGUUCCGAACUCACUUCACUCGCGCAAAAGAAGGAAGCUUGCGCUGCUCGUGCUGGCACAGAUCAAAUACACCGCUAAAACUCUGAUUAAGGCAUUACAUGUCCUGAUAUUUUGAAAGAUUGCUCAGAAAACAAGGUGUUUUAAUCGUCGUACGUUUACUUCAAUUAUGACCUUACACCGAUUAAGAUAGUCAUGUAAACACCUUACUCUGCUUAAUGCAUAAUCUGCCUACUGCCAAUUAGUUUAAUAUCGAAUUAUUAGUGCAUGUAAACAUAUUAGUGCAUGUAAACACACUCCAGUGUCAGAGCAUUUGAAACACCAUGGGGAUAUAACCUACAAAGGGAUCUCUUCCAUUUCAUGUGAGGUCAUCGACAAAUAAGAGUAUACAUGGACUUCACUUUAACUUACUCCUCUCAUUUUACAAAGAAAAAAGUUUGCUAUCUACAGUAGAUUAUUAUGACAGAACGCUUCUCAUGAUGGAGUUGAAACGCUAAUUUUAACAUUUGACUGUAUCUGUUGUUUCUAUGAUACAGUAAUAGAAUCAGAGUGAGUUUCUAUUGAUGUUUAAGGGUUAACGUUGGAAUUCUUCCCUCUCCUCUCAACCACUCUAUGGGGCAAAGUUCAUGUUCUUCUAGCAUUACCUGUUGCAGCGUUAGAUAAAAUGUUACAUAGUCUAGUUAAUAAUUUAGCACCUUAUUUAUCUUAAAGGCCCAGUGCAUUCAAAAACUAGAUUUGCCUGUGUUUUAUAUAUAUUUUCACACUAUGAGGUUGGAAUAAUACCUGUGAAAUGCCCUUUUGGUGUAAGAGCCGUUUAAAAAGACUGCCUGAAAUUUCAGCCCGUUUUGGUUGGAUGGAGUUUGGGCCUCCCUGGGGAUAUCACCACGUGGUAAAUUAGUUAAUAGACCAAUAAGAAAGAGUUCCAAACCUUUCUGCCAAUAACAGCUAGUUUUCAGUUUCCCUCUCAGACCACUCCCAGACAGUCCAAGCAAAAUUAUUGUUUGAGAAAUUGCUCUUUGCUAAGAAGCUAUUUUUGUUUCUUUUUGACCAUUUUAAUUAAAAAAAAAAAAUCACUGUAAGGUACCUAAUUGUUACCAAGAAAUGAUUUGAUAUUGAGAUAAAAACAGCUGUUGGACCUUUAAUCUGUUCAAAAAGUAAAGUAGGCAUCUUCAGAUGGCUGCUUUGUGUCCUUUCUCAGUUUAAAACCCAGUUCCUUUCUACGGAUCUCUUGAUGAGACUAAUGUUAGACUUUAGAGUGUAAUGUUAAAGAAAUAAAAAAGAAUGAAGGCUUAGUUUUCAAGGUCCUGAAGCUGUGACGUAUUGGCAUCCUUGCCAUUACGUUGUGUGGGGAGGGCAAUCUCUCCUCCGCACGCAUCUUAGAGGCCCCACUCGAAGGUGCACGAAGGUACCCCCGUCUCUCUUUCCCAACAACACAGUGAAAACAAACACUUAGCUCUGCUUCUAAUAAAGCCGGCGGUUGGCGGGCUGCAACCUCAGCCAGGCCGCAGGUCCGAGCCCCAAAACCCCAGCACUGUUUUCUUAGCUGUAAAUCGGAGUCCCUCGCUCUGAUGAGUGGCACGAGAGGGGAAAGUGGCGAGGGGUAAUGUGAUACUUCCACAUGUGCUGCUAGGGCCAAGGAGGCUGGGGACCAGAGCCAUCAAUUACCAGCAAGGCUCCUGAUGAGAGUUUAAACAAUACCUGCUGAACCAACAGGGCUUGACGCACCCCUCACCACCCCCAGUCCUGGGCCCACUCACCCACCUGCCAGGGGAGCUGGGAGAGAGCCACAGCCAGCACCACAGCAGGGGGUUGUCAGGAAAGGAAAGCAGUGGGGCAAAGCCAAAAGCAGUCACAUUCCAGGGGUCCCUGAGGCGCUACAGAGAACUUCACUAGCCAUGAGUGUCCUGCUGCUGGCAGGCAGUUAAACAGUGUUUGCACGUUAACAAUCCAAUGGAGGCACUGAUGUUUGUGGGUACAUCUGUACUUUAAAUCCUUUUCAUGCAUCUUUCAGGAAAACCAACUGUUAUGGCUUUCAGUGUAUUGUAUGUUUUAUGAGAAUAAUAACACAUUGUGUAAGACUGUUGGA